AUGACGGGAUCCACAGCGACACCUGAGCGCCUUUGUUUACAUCGCGUUCCUGAUCCUAAUCCCUGAUGUCUGGCGUGCUGCCUCCCGGUUGAACUCGUCAAGAUGGAGGAAGAGGAGCAGCUGCGAUCCUUCAUGUUCCUCAUGACCUACAUGCUGCUGAAGCGCAGGAGAGACAUCAACAACGCCAACAUUCAGAGGCGCAAUGAGAUCCAAAGACGCAUCAGACACCGGCAGUACUUCUUCCAGAGGCAGAGGAGGAUGCUCAUGAUGAUGAUAGCAGGAGGGAUGCGCUCCAACGUCCGCAUCCGCACACGCCCCUGGACCACCACUCCGAGCACCGAUUGGUGGGAGCGGGUGGUGAUGACAGAAUUCCAGCCGUGUGAUUGGCUGGACAAGUUCCGCAUGAGCCGGGAGACGUUCUUCUACCUCUGUGACAAGUUGAGGCCCCGUCUGGCUCGUCAGGACACCAGCUUCCGCCUGGCGCUGCCGGUGGAGAAACGCGUCGCAGUGGCUCUGUGGCGCCUGGCCUCCAACAUCGAAUACCGCACCAUCAGCACCCUGUUUGGCGUGGGGAAGUCCACCGUGUGCAGGUGUGUUAGAGACAUGUGCCACGCCAUCGUGGCGCUCCUCAGCUCCAUCUACCUGCGCUCCCCCAACGAGCAGGAGCUGGAGGAUUCAGCCCAGCUCUUCCUGUCAUAUUAUGGCUUCCCUCACUGUGUGGCUGCCAUAUCAACGCUGCACACAGCUAUCAUCACCCCGUCGAACAACGUGUCCGACUACGCCAACCCUGCCGGCUGGCUCUCUGUGCUGUCUCAGGUGGCCGUUAGUGGCCGGGGGCAGUUCUGGGAUGUAUGUGCCAGUUUCCCAGGCGGGACAGACCCAGGUGACAUCUUACAGAACUCAUCGCUCUGGGCCACAGCUGCAGAGGGCGGACUGUCGCCUGCCCCGCCACCUGUCUUCAUGGGAAAACCACUCAGAUAUGUGCUGCUUGGGGAGGCCUGCUACCCUCUCCAGAGCUGGCUAAUGAAAGCCUAUCCCGAGGAGAAGGGCAGGAGGGCCAGCCACACGCUGACAGAGCCACAGCGGCUCUUUAACCGGCGGCUCAACAGAGCGCUGCGCGUGCCCGAGGAGGCGCUGCUGAGGCUGAGGGCACGCUGGCAGUGCCUGAGCAAGAGGAACGACUGCGGACUGGACGUGGUGCCCACCAUGAUUCUAGCCUGCUGCAUUCUGCACAACAUGUGCGAGUCCCACGGGGACACCUUCAAGGCGGAGUGGCAGGGGGAGGUGGCCGAGGCAGAGAGCCCUCAGCCCGGCCACAAGCAGCUCGUCUCAACCGGCAUGGACCAAAGUCACGCUGAGGAGGUCCGACACCUUUUCUGUGACUAUUUUGAAGAGCACAACAAUUGAAAAAGCUUCCAGCAGAAAUUGAACUCCUCAUUUGUAUUUGUACUUUUACGUUAUACUUUUAGGCAUACUGUGUUGACAUGCAUCCGAAUGCUAACAGUAACCACAUGUGUUAAAGCGUGGCAAUGUUAGCAUCGAUCUCAAAGCAUAGUUAAACCUAAAUGAACCGGACGUGGGCAAAGGAAAGUUUAGACCGACUGAAAAUAAGCUAAGUCUGACUGUGUAGACUUGUGCCUGUCAUAUCGAGUCUGAGAUGUCUUCAAAUUAUAAUACAUCCAUGGAAAAAACACUCAAUUUCAGCAGGAACACAUCUUUACUUUGGGGGCCCUAAUGUAGCAAAUCUUCUAACCCUUCUAACCCUAACCCCAAAUCUGGUCAUCUGCUUUUGAAGUCUGCAACCAAGGGCUGUCCUUGCAGAACUUGCUCUGUCAUGGCAGAGCCAACGUUUACCUGGUUGCAGGUUAAUGUUUCUGCACCGCAGCUCAGGCAGGAGUUUUUACACAGAGCACAAAAAACGUCUCACUCCCGCUUGUGAAACGUUCCUGCAUCUGGUGGCCGUGGAGCAUGCUCAGUAGCUAAUGAUAUCAGAGUUGUGUUGGAGACCUCAAUCUCAUUGGAGGGACAUGAUUGAAUUUUUUUUAUUCAUGUACAACAAUAAUGAAUCAUUUAAUGAACA